AUGCUGCAGCAAGAAGUGAUCCCUCAAUCAUACGCUCUGCAAGAGUCGUCAACCCCAGACUUGCCGUCAAUUCACCUGCGAAGUGAUGGCCCAGCAGGCCAUGUCGACUUCACAUUCGAAGCGAUCAAGCCUGGCUUGUUCCGGACCACGUUUUCCUCCCCAUCUCAUCCCCUACCACCCUUUCCCAGCGCCUCAAAGCCAGCUGCUGUAACUUCGGCAUUCACGACCAAAGACUCGGGACCAAAAUGCAAGAUCUUUCACGCCAAUGGCAUAGAGGCCAGAGUGGAGUGGGAGCACACUCCUAUAGUCUCUGUUGGAUUCACUGAUGAAGCUCCAUUGCAUACGGACUUGCCGCUACGCUCGUAUGUGCUGGACGGUACCGGAAUCGCGCAAUACACGCGAUACUUCCGCAACAGUCUUCAUGUUGGACUGGGCGAGAAGGCCGCACCAAUGGAUCUAUCUGGCCGCCAUUUCACGCUCUCUGCAACGGAUUGUUUCGGAUAUGAUGUUCACCGAACUGACCCAAUGUACAAGCAUAUUCCACUUUUGAUCAGAGCAACUCCGGAGGGAGUCGUGGCAACAUUCACAACCUCGCAUUCUCGCGGUUUCUACUCUGUUGGAUCUGAGAUGGAUGGUAUGUGGGGGUUCUUCAAAGUCUACCGCCAGGACCAUGGUGGGCUCGAACAGUACACCAUCGUCGGGAAGACACUGCAAGAUGUAGUGACAUUGUACGCUGAAUUGGUUGGGUUUCCUUUGCUUGUGCCGCGAUGGGCGUUUGGAUAUCUCGGUGGAGGUAUGAAGUACUCGAUGCUGGACGAGCCCAGAGCCAGUGACGCGUUGAUGGAAUGGAGCGAGAAGCUCGAAAAGUACGACAUUCCAUGUUCGGGCUUCCAGAUGUCUUCCGGAUACACAGUCGCUGAGACGGAGCCCAAGACUCGUAACGUCUUUACUUGGAACCGUCAUCGCUUCCCCGAUCCAAAGGCCUUCUGUGAUGCUUUCCAUGCAAAGGGCAUUCGAUUGAUCGCCAACAUCAAGCCUUAUAUCCUCGCCAAUCACCCAGCGUACGAAGUUCUGGUCAAAGCAGGAGCUCUUUUCGUAGAUCCAAAGCAUGGUGGCUCCGCGGUCGCCCGUCUGUGGAGCGCUGGUGGAGGUACUAGUGGUGAAGGAGGACACAUUGAUUUCACAUCGAAGUCCGGCUACGACUUCUGGUACAAUGGCGUCAAGGAACUUCGCAUGGUCGGCAUGGAYYGCAUGUGGAACGACAAUAAUGAGUACGUGACACCGUCCGAUGAUUGGCAACUCAAGCUCGACCAGGAAACUGUCGCGGCAACAUCCGAGAAGCGGAAAGAUAUUGGUCUUUGGGGUCGUGCGAUGCAUACUGAGCUGCAUGGGAAAGCAUCUUACGAUGCUCUCCUCGAAGUGAUGCCCAAUGAAAGGCCUUUUGUGCUCUCUCGCAGCGUUACUGCCGGAACGAACAAGUAUGCGGCCAGUACCUGGUCCGGCGACAACACUACCAGUUGGCACGGUAUGCGUGGAGCCAACGCCUUGUCCCUUACGGCUGGGAUGUGUCUGAUGCAGUGUUAUGGUCAUGAUAUCGGUGGGUUUGAAGGUCCGCAACCAGGUCCGGAACUACUGCUACGUUGGGUUCAGCAAGGCAUCUACUCUCCACGUUUUGCCAUCAACUGUUACAAGACCGGAAGCGACAGCCUCGUAGGCGAUGUGAUUGAGCCGUGGAUGUACCCGGAAAUCAUCCCUGAGAUUCGCAAGGCGAUCUUGAGGAGAUAUGAACUGAUCCCAUACCUAUACAACGGCAUGCUGCACAGCCACUUCACAGCAGUCCCUUUCCAGCGCUGGGUCGGUUGGGGCUACGAAUCCGAUCCAGAAGUCUGGAGCAGCAGAAUCCUCAAAGACGGCGAGCAGCAGUAUUGGUUGGGCGAUACAUUGCUUGUAGGAGGUGUCUUUGAGCCCGGUGUCACCGAUGGCAAGAUCUAUACCCCGAAGCGCAGUAACUCUGAUCCCGGCUUCUUGAACACCAACGCACCCCACCAGUAUCUGCCAGCUGGAGCAUGGCAUACAAUCUCAUCUCCUUGGAAAGCCAGCAUCCCUGUAUUGGCUCGAAUCGGCGGAGCCGUACAAGUUGGCAAGAAUAAACAAGUUGUCGCUCCAGGUGACAAGCUCAACGAGGCCAAUCUAUCGGAGGACGACUGGCGUGGCGUUGAGAUCUUCCCACAGCCCGAGAACAGWGCUGAUGGGACCGUAUACAUGAACAGCUGGUUGGAGGACGAUGGGAUCUCGCCACCGCCCGCCAAAGUUGGCAGGUUCGAGAUCAAGUACUCUGCAACUCAUCAAGAGAUACAGGUCAUCGUGAAGAAGGGUAUUUCUGCUUUCGAGCCACCUUGGGAGAAGAAGGGUCUCACAAUAAUUCUUCCGGUUGGUGAUUCGAGACCAGUGGUAUCGGGGGAUGGCAAUGUUGUUGUUCAAGCCAGGCGACAGGACGAGUCUGGACGGAAAAGAUUCGAUGUCCAGUUCCAGACUAGCUUCAACAGUCUCCCGUGUCGAUAG